AUGAGUGAUACUUAUGUUGUUGUGGGAGCUGGUAUAGUUGGACUGUACACGGCAUAUACGCUGGUGUUUGAAGCAGGCGUCAGUCCAGAAACUGUAACGAUAGCCGCAGCGCAUUUACCAGGCGACCAGAGCAUCAAUUACACUUCUCCUUGGGCCGGUGGUAAUUUUUCAUGCAUUAGUCCUGGGGAUAAAAAGUCUCUUUCCUACGAUCGUUAUACGUAUACCCACCUGGCGGAGCUCCAAAAAAAGCUUGGAGGUCCGUCAUGUGGUCUGGACAUGAGGCCAGCUACAGACUAUUUCCACAAGUAUCCUCCUGCCAAGAAAAUGGAGUCUUUAAAGGCGUACGUGAAAGACUUUCGCAUUCUUGAAAAAAGUGCACUGCCUACGGGAAUUGUUUUUGGAAUCAGCUAUACUACCUGGAACUUCAAUUGUCCACUGUUCCUGCAAAACUUGGCCCUGUACCUGGAAAAGCUUGGCGUUACUAUCAUCAAAAAGAAACUUGAACAUCUGUCGCAAGCCUUCUUAUCACCAAACACUAAGGUCGUUCUCAACUGCACCGGAAUUGGCGCAAUAACCUUGGGCGGUGUGAAAGACACCAAUGUGUAUCCUACGCGCGGGCAGGUCGUGGUUGUCAAAGCUCCACAUAUUCAAUUCAACAUGUGUUUGUGGACAAACGAAUCUGCAACCUACAUUAUUCCGCGGCCAAACUCAAACGGAGAACUUGUGAUGGGAGGUUUUUUGCAAAAGGGUAUCAGCACUGGCGACACCUUUAAACACGAAACCGAGGAUAUCAUCAAAAGGGCAACCACUAUGGCCCCACUAAUUCUAGAAAAGCCUCUGGACGUGGUGAGAGUGGCUGCAGGACUUAGACCCUCGCGUCAUGGAGGGCCUCGGAUUGAGGUCGAGGAAGUGGAAGACGGAAAAUUUGUCGUCCAUAAUUAUGGAGCCUCCGGAUACGGAUAUCAGGGGGGAUGGGGCAUGGCCCACGAUGCGGUCAGAUUACUUAUCAAAGCGCAACGGGGAAGCUCGGCGGCGUUAUAG